UCCACGUGAAGAAGAGGAGGGAAAACGAAAGAAGCGAGAGAGUUCGAACGCCAAGGAAGAAAAAAGAAAAUGGCCUCCUCCUUAUCCUUCUCAAGCUCGCUCGAUGGCCGUUUGCUCCAGGAGAAUCAGUUAAUCAGGAACCCUAAAUUCCCUCUUCAGAAGCUUAACCGACGUCUCCGUGGAUCUCUCUCCGAAAAGGCAAAAAAUGAUGAUGGUCAUGAAGUCUUCUCCCAGUUCAAACAGCUGAAACAUGUGGCUUGUGGUUUGCUUGCUGUAUGGUCAGUGUCAACUGCUUCUCCAGUCUUGGCUGCAAAUCAGAGGUUGCCUCCACUAUCAACAGAGCCAAAUCGCUGUGAGCGUGCAUUUGUCGGCAAUACAAUUGGCCAAGCAAAUGGUGUUUAUGAUAAGCCAAUAGACCUACGUUUUUGUGAUUAUACAAAUGACAAGUCCAAUCUGAAAGGGAAAUCACUGGCCGCAGCUCUCAUGUCUGAUGCAAAGUUUGAUGGUGCUGAUAUGUCUGAAGUUGUGAUGUCAAAAGCAUAUGCCGUUGGAGCAAGUUUUAAGGGGGUAGACUUCAGUAAUGCAGUUCUUGAUCGGGUUAAUUUUGGAAAAGCUGACCUAGAGGGAGCAGUCUUUAAGAACACAGUGCUGUCUGGUUCCACCUUUGAUGAUGCCAAAUUGGAUGGCGCAAUUUUUGAGGACACCAUCAUAGGUUACAUUGAUCUACAGAAGCUAUGUGUAAACACAACCAUCAAUGCUGAAGGGAGAGCUGAGCUUGGAUGCAGGUGAAUGUUUUGGAGCUUCUGUAUCCUCUAUCUUCUCUCCUUUCCUCAAAAUCUUGGGAUAUAAUGUUCAUAUCCAUUUUGUUGCAUUACCAAAUGAGUCCACAUGUAUCUCUUCUUGUAUAAAGGAAUGGUGAAUCCACAUACAAGCUUGCUUUGUCUCAGUUGCUAAUUGUCCUGUUGUGCCAUGCUUUGCUUUCACAAAUAUGGAAGUUGGCAAACAGUAGUUGUAAUUUC